AUGGCGGUAAGAGUCUAUACGGUGUUAGUUUCCUUUUCUUUCUUUUUUUUUUUUCUCUUUCCUCUGCUGUUGCCAGCAUGCAAGGAUCUCGUGGCUCCUGUCCGUGAUCGGAAACUGAACACAGUGGUGCAGAUCUCUGUGAUCCACCCCGCGGAGCAGAGUCUGAUAAGAUACUCCAGCACUGAAAUUGUGGAGGGGACAAGAGACCCACUGUUUUUGACUGGUGUCACAUUCCCAUCCGAGUAUCCCAUCUAUGAAGAGACCAAAAUAAAACUAACAGUCUAUGAUGUCAAGGACAAGUCUCAUGACACUGUUCGAACCAGUGUCCUACCUGAACAGAAAGAUCCCCCACCAGAAGUUGGGCGAAGCUUCUUGGGCUUUGCUAGUUUUAAAGUGGCGGAGCUACUGAAGUCAAAGGAGCAGCUGCUGUCCCUCAGCCUGAGAACUUCAGAUGGUGGCAAAGUGGUUGGCACCAUAGAAGUCAGUGUCGUGAAGAUGGGGGAGAUCGAGGAUGGGGAAGCCGACCACAUCACAACAGAUGUGCAGGGACAAAAGUGUGCCCUGGUAUAUGAAUGUACAGCCCCAGAAAGUGUGAGUGGAAAAGAUAACUUACCUUUUUUGAAUGCAGUGUUCAAGAAUCCAGUGUGUAAAUUAUAUAGAUUUCCCACGUCUGACAAUAAGUGGAUGCGGAUCCGGGAGCAGAUGUCAGAGAGCAUACUUUCUUUUCAUAUUCCCAAGGAACUGAUUUCCCUCCACAUAAAAGAAGAUCUGUGUAGAAACCAGGAGCUGAAAGAGCUUGGGGAGCUCUCCCCACACUGGGACAAUCUCCGGAAAAAAGUCCUUACUCACUGUGAUCAAAUGGUGAAUAUGUACCAAGACAUUCUGACAGAGCUUAGCAAGGACGCAGGGUCUUCUUUCAAAUCAAGCAGCAGCAAAGGAGAGAAAACAUUAGAAUUUGUUCCAGUGAAUCUACACCUGCAAAGAAUGCAUGUACACAGCCCUCACUUGAAAGAUGCUCUCUACGAUGUCAUCACAGUGGGAGCCCCAGCUGCCCAUUUUCAGGGAUUUAAGAAUGGUGGUCUUCGGAAACUACUGCAUAGAUUUGAAACAGAAAGAAGAAAUACUGGAUACCAGUUUAUUUACUAUUCACCUGAAAACACAGCCAAAGCAAAAGAAGUUCUCAGCAACAUCAAUCAACUACAACCUCUGAUAGCAACCCAUGCCGACCUGCUGCUUAAUUCUGCAAGCCAGCGUUCUCCAGACAGCUUGAAGAAUUCGUUAAAGAUGCUUUCAGAAAAAACAGAGCUUUUUGUACAUGCUUUCAAGGAUCAGCUGGUGAGGAGUGCGCUUUUAGCACUCUAUACAGCAAGGCCAGGAGGAAUCCUUACGAAACCACCCUCUCCUAGGAGCAAAGCAGAGGAGAGCUGUCCCGAGGACCAACCCCCACGGAUGAAAAGGCAGGACUCCAUACCGCAUCAUUCAGACUAUGACGAGGAAGAGUGGGAUAGGGUGUGGGCCAACGUGGGGAAGAGCCUGAACUGCAUUAUUGCUAUGGUAGAUAAACUGAUUGAGAGAGAUGGCGGUAGCGAAGGCUGCAGCGGAGGCAGCAAAGAUGGAGAAAAGGACCCUUCGCUAGUGGACUCCAUCACAUCUCACCCAAGGGAGGACUGGUAUGAGCAGUUGAGCCCCCUCGUCCUGACCCUGAAGGACUGCAUGGGAGAAGUGGUGAGCAGAGCCAAGCAGUCGCUGACCUUCGUGCUGCUCCAGGAGCUCGCCUGCAGCUUGCCCCAGUGCCUGACGCUCACUCUACGCAGAGACAUCGUCUUCAGCCAAGCACUUGCUGGAUUGGUUUGUGGUUUUAUCAUCAAAUUACACACGAGUUUGCACGACCCCAACUUCUUGCAGCAGCUUCAUACAGUGGGGUUGAUAGUACAAUAUGAAGGACUGCUGAGCACAUACAGUGAUGAAAUUGGAAUGCUAGAGGACAUGGCUGUUGGCAUUUCCGACUUGAAGAAAGUAGCAUUUAAAAUAAUAGAAGCCAAAUCCAAUGAUGUCUUGCCAGUUAUAACAGGAAGACGUGAACACUAUGUGGUAGAGGUCAAGCUUCCAACUGCAAUGUUUGAGUUGCUACCUGCACAGAUUAAAGAAGGACAGUUACUCCGUGUGCAUCCAGUACUUUUUAAUGUUGGGAUCAAUGAACAACAAACUCUUGCUGAGAGGUUUGGAGAUGUCUCUUUGCAAGAAAGUAUUAACCAUGAAAAUUUUGAACUUCUGAAAGAAUAUUACACAACAUUUAUGGAAAAGAUGCCUCCUGAUUACAUUUCACAUUUUCAAGAACAAACUGAUUUAAAAGGAUUACUAGAAAACCUUCACCAAAAUAUCCAAGCCAAAAAAAGGAAGAAUGUUGAAAUUGUGUGGCUGGCUGCAACGAUUUGUCGCAAGCUAAAUGGUAUUCGUUUCACCUGCUGCAAGAGUGCCAAAGACAGGACGUCAAUGUCAGUGACGCUGGAGCAGUGCUCCAUCUUGAGGGAUGAGCACCAGCUGCACAAGGACUUCUUCAUCCGUGCUCUGGACUGCAUGAGAAGAGAAGGAUGCCGCAUAGAGAAUGUUCUGAAGAACAUCAAAUGCAGGAAGUAUGCUUUCAACAUGCUGCAGCUGAUGGCUUUCCCCAAGCACUACAGACCUCCAGAGGGCACUUACGGAAAAGCUGACACCUAAGGGUGCCAACAUGUAAAUAAACAGCAACACAAACACGCUCAGUUGGAUGAUCUCCACCUUGAUCUUUUAUUAUUAUUAUUAUUAUUAUUGUUAUGAAUUUGUGGGGGGAAGUGAUCAUGGAUAUUUGCCCAAAUCUAGGAAUUACUUGAAUACCUAUCAGCAUAUGACUCUGAAAGAAUCCAUUCUAAAAUUCCUAGAUAACACUGCCAUUUCUAGUUGCUGACCCUCACAAAGUGGUGGAUAUUAAUUCAAAAAGUGUAAAUUUCAUUCAUGGAUUAUUUAAAUGCAGAGUGUCUUAGAAAAAAGCGCUUGCUUGGAUACAACCAGAGAUGAUUCAGAGUGAUGUUCUCUACCCAGAGUGAAGAGAGGAGAAGGUAAAGGGGGAGACAGUUCAAGUAUGCCACUUCAUAGCCCUGAUUGCAGACAACCUUAGAGUCCCCUUAGGGAGUUAUUAAAGAUCUUUCUAGCAAAUUGAAAUCAGAUAAAGUUAACUCAUGACCCUGACUACUAAAAUGGUGUGCAGAUGUGUUUGUAAAGACCUUUGUCAUCCAGUCAAGAUGUGACUCCUGUUCUAACCAGGUGGAUGAGCAGUGUUAGCACGGCAGAACACACACCUUUCCAAAAUGUGGCAUCUUUUCAAAACUCCUGCUUGUGUUGGGUGACCCAGCCAUAGCAGUGGGGAUACAGAAAACUUAAUAACAGGCAAAAUCUUGCAAGGGACUGAAAGAGCCUGUUGAUACCCAACCUGAAAAUCCCCAUCAGUUGAACUUUAUGUAGUAAAGUUCAUGAACUUCACAAGAAAUAUCUUUGAGAUGCUUUCUAGCAGCCACCUUGGUGGGAGUGUGCAUUCUGGCAUAGGUUAACGUAGGCAGAUAAACCUUCAAGGCAUGUGUAACUAUAACUAAUGAGAAACUAACAAUAGUUUUCUGUUUAUCUGAUUUCAAAUUUUUUAAUUUGAAAUUUUUGUUUUCUGAAUUCCAAAUUAGAACUUUCCUUAGAGAUCAAUUAUCUUCUAUAAUACCAAUAUUUGAAAAAUUGGUAAAUUAAGAAUAACCAUUAACUAGAGAAUUACAGAAUCAUAAUUACAGUCUCUUCUUACCAAUAGUAUUAUUCUUAACUUCCUAGCCUAUGGCUUGUUCCUUCUCCAAAUUUCUAUGCUAAAUAUACAACAAAAUUGAGAGAGAAUGCUAUGCUAGUUAAUUCACAUAGAAAUUAGGAUCUAUCAUUGCAAUGGUACAAAAACUUGAACAAAUGAAGUUUAUUUUCUCCAAAUUUUAAGAAUUACUUUUUUCCUUUCUUGACAGUGGAGCAUGCCACCCAGAGCAGGGAUCUUCUUUGGAAUCUCUGGGGUCUUAUCACAUAGACACUUCUCAGCUCUGACCACAUUCAGCUGGUGAUAAUGUGGAGCCUUCCAUGGCUAAUGUGAUAACUCCUUGCCAGAGUACAAGUUGAAACUAAGAUUUCAAACAAAUCUCCAGUCCCACAUUGCAUUUCUCAAAUUGCUAUAAGGAUAAGAUAACUUUUGAGGCUUCUAACACUCAAAUCGUCAAUUUAUUAUUUUAGCUGGUGACCAAAGGGUGUUACUGAAGCAGUUGCCACAGGGUUUACAGGCAUUUUAAUGAAGAUGUGCUGCAUACUCUGGAUACUCUGCCUACUGCAUACUAUUUAUGGAUAACAUUAUCCUGGGACUCUGUCCUACCUCAUUCUCUAUUUCAGUGAUUAUUAAAUGUGAUCUUUGAAUUGUUUGAAUGGAUUUAAAAAUGAUAGGAUUCAUGGUUCUUUUUUUUUCCCCCAUCCCUUUGGAUUUAAGAUAAAGAUGUUCAGAUGACAGAGUUCUCCUUGGAUAGCUCUGAAGCUUCAUUUAGUACAUCAAAAUGGUAGUCAGAGUCCUAAGAGACCUUACAUAUGUAUCAGCCCAUUGAUGUUUAUAGGCAAUAAUUAUUUAUAUUUUUUAAAAUAAAACCUCUUGACUCAAA